AUGGAGCUCUACCUCAGCUCCUGCUCCAAGCCUGCUGGCGUUGCCGCCACCAAGACAGCCACCAGCAGCGUGGUUGAAGACAUGAAGCAGUGUGGAGAAGUCGUGCACAAAACCCACAUUCCAGGCCUAGGAGCAGCUGAACUCCUGGAUCUGCCUCUUGGGGUCAAGCUGCCUGUGAUCCCAGGGAGCAAUACCGUAUACUACACCACGAAGUUAAGUGAGAAGCUUUUUCAACCUUCUUAUGGUUUUAACCUGACUGAUCCUUAUUGUCGACUUUUGGAAAACCAAUAUAAAAGUCUUCAUGAUCCACAUUUAAAAGAAUACUAUUCACGCAAAUAUAUCCUGAAGAAAUUAAAGAAAGAUGGCUACAUCACCAGUGAUAAUAAAGUUGUAUGUGACUUGAGAGAAUUUAAUACAUACAGGCAAUAUCUUACCAAUUUGAAAUUAGACUAUGAAAGAAACUACAUAAGAGUACAAAAAAUGCUUGCAAAUCAAGUAAAUAAACUACAAGAAAACAAUUCUGAUGCUGCACGGUUGCACAACUGGUUGUUACGGGAGGAUGACCAAUCUUUUAAGGACCAGGAGCGAUUACUCGGGCACAGAUAUCUGGAUAUGAUAAGUAAGGAAUUAGAACAACGUGAACGCGCAGCGGAAGAGCAGCGCCUACUCUGGAUGGACAGAGAAGAAAGACGACAGCGAGAACAAACAAGAAGAAAACUUUGUCUUCGUAGAAAAAUGGAAGAGGAAUGGAAGACAAAAGAGAUGUUACUUCUAACAAAGAUUGGAGAAGAUGUUAAAAGAGAAGCUAGGAUAGAGAAACACCGGCAUAGAAACAAAGAAGAGAAUGACAGAAAGAAACAAUCCCUUGUAGAGAGAAAAGUGGAUUAUCAUUUUAAAAAAAUGCAAGAAAACGGCUUGAAAGGGGAAGAUUUGGAAAAAAAUGUAUAUGAUUACAGAGGACAAGAUGGAACACAGUGUGAAUGUAAGAACACUAAAAGCUGUUGUGGUUCUGUAGAAAAACCCACAACAAAUAUUCAACAAUCUCCAAGUUGUUCAAAGAACAUUGUCAAAAAAUCAGCAACUACAGUUCUUUGUCAAGCAAACAUACGAGAUAAUGGUAUUGAACAAAAGAAAAAUGGAUUAUAUAAAAAAACAAGUAUGUACGAUGAUAGAGGAGGUAUGUGCAUCUCAGCUCAAGAUCCAUUUAUUCCAGCUCAACCUUCACCCACAAGAAAUUUUCCCAGAUCUUCACAGUCUUAUAUGGGUCCUACAAAAGUUGAGAAGGAGAUAAACAGUGACUGGAGUAAAAGACAAAACAAGAGAUCAAGCUACAUCUGUGAAUCAGCCUCACUUUCCCUGUGUUCAGAGCCUUCGUGCCACUUUCAAGUAUGUCCUAUCAUGACCUCUCCUCCUCAGCAUCUGGACUUCUCCUUUAGCCCUGCUCCCUUUCAAACAUUCACCAUUCCGUACGCUUUUUCCAGAUUAUUGGCUACCGAAGGAUGGCAACAGAAACUCCUACAAUACUACUUGCAAAAAAAAGUAACUUCUGAAGAACUGAAUAGUAUAAUUCAGAAUAUAAUGACCUGGGUUGUGGCUACAGUGACCAGUAUAUUAUACCCAGCCAUUACAAAGUAUGAAGAAAGGUUGCAAAAUUAUGCAUACCCAGUGUCUGAUGAUUCUGUCAUUUCUUCAGAUAGUUCAAGUUUCUGUAGCACAUGCAGUGAAGUGUUUACACUAGGAAGCUAUCCAUCUGCAACAACUAAAACAUUUCAGGGAGAGCCCUGUGAAUUCACUGUUGACACUUCAAUUAGGCGACCACCUACACCUUUAAAACCAACUUCUACCCAUGUGGAAAGAACAGUUGUUGAUCAAACGUAUCACAUGAAAGGACCAUCUAGAACACCUGAACUCAGACAUACUAAAACCAUCAUGACAUAUGCACACCCUAAGCUCAGAAGCUGUAAAUCUGAUAGUAACCUUUUAGCACCAUUUGCAACAGGAACAAUAAAGUCUAAGGAUGCUACCACUGAAACAGAUGGCUUAGAGAGUUUACAGUUUUCUGAUCAAAAAGCAAAAGCUGAAAUAAAGAAUUUAGAGAAGAUUUUUGUUAAGCUUAAAUGUCACUUAAAAGGGGAAACGGAAUUGAUUUUAGAAAGCAUUUUUCAAGAAAUAAUGUCUGAUUUAACACAAGCCAUUCCCUCUAUUUCUUCUGUUACUGCUGAAGUUUUUGUUGACCAAAGUGAGCCUGAAACAAGAGACAUGCUCUCUAAUGUUGAUAUCAGCGCUGUAGCUUCAGAGAUUGUGGAAAAUAUGCUUGAAAAGCUACAGUGUGCCGUUGAGAAAAAAUGUCUUCAGAUGUUUUCACAAGAAGAUUGGUCAGGCGACACGGAAACAAGCUUAACACCCAGUGGAGAAUCUCUCACUCUAUCGAGUGGAGAACCUUUGAGAGCUUCACUGCCUUGUGCUAUGGAGCCCAUGCGUGAUGUUGCAGAGGAGAUGGUGCAUUCCAUUUUACAAAAGCUGAUGACUCUUGCAUCUUGUAAGCAAAAUGAACUUCCUCAUCUCAAACAUGCAACUAAACUUUCCUAUCAGGAACACAUGACAGACCCAACGUGCCUGUUCCUUAAGAAAGCUGACAAAAAGAAAUGUGGUCCUGAACCCGAUGCAACCAAUUUAAUUGUUAAAGAAGAAAUACAACAUUUAGUAUCAAAUAUUCUUUCCCAGUCCUCUAUGGUUGGCUACAUAGAGGAAGCAAUCAGCACUAUACUAGGCUUUGUGCAAAAUGAACUUAACAAUGACAGACUUGUGGCAUCUGAAGAAACGGUCAUAUUCCUCCAGCUACUCAGUGAUGUCUUCACUCAGCUACAUCGGGAGCCAGCAAAAGCAGAUGCUCAAGAAAGUAGACUCCCUAGACUGAGAAAUCCUUCUGACACCGAAGAAACGUACAGACUUACUAGCACUAGGUUAUCUAGUGGUCCUAGGUCUAGAAAACCAUUUCCGCCCAUUAAUGUUCCUGGCAUGGUUCUUUAUUCUGAAGAUGAUAGUGAAGAAAUAGACAAAAUUGUGGAAAAUGUGCUUGAUUCAUCUUUUAAAGAUGUAAAAGCAAAAUCACAAGAAAAGAAUCCUGAACAUAGGUUUACAAAAGGAAACACUUGUUUUGAAUACAAAAGAAAUAGCAAACCACCCACAAAGCCUGCUUCUCUAAGAAGCAGAGUUGCAUUUUGUGAUGGAUUAAACACUGAGUUACCAUGUAUUAAUAAUAAAGAAAUUUUAAAGGAAAACCCCUGUUGGAAUAAAGACACUUUGAUUUUCAGCCAAGAUCAAAAGCAUCACAUACAAAAGGCUUCAGCAAACGUAGUUAAAACCAUUUUAACAGAAAUGUUCAAGGACAUAUCUUCUGUUCCUCCUGGUCACUUGGGCAGUAAAACUGGUACCAAAGCUUCAGUUCUUCUUUCACAAAAACCACAAGGACUGUCACUUCAAGAAUGGAUAGACCAGAUGUUCUCAGUGUCAGAAAUUAAUACAGUGGCUCAAGAAAUAACAGAUGCUGUAUUAAAUAUACUUCAUAAGGCAUCAAGCUGUAUUCCCAAUACCACCAAAACUUCCACUUCAUCAUCAGUUCAUCACACUUCUCAAAAUAGUUCUGAUUCUACCAAUAUGGUCAAAACACCAAACAACAAACCAUUAAAUAUAUGGUUUGACAGCGAAAAGAAAGUGAAAUAUUUAUCUUCACUCAACUUAGAUCUUGAAAACCCUUCCUUGUUCAAGUCUGAAAACAGUGAACUUAAACCUGUAGAUGACAUUACUGAUAACAUCAUCAAUACAGUGUUUAAAAGGCUGAAGUUACUCAUUUAUCCAAAAUUGCAAAUGGGCUUCAAACCUUCAUUUGUAGAGCAAUCUUCACUAUACUCUCAACUUAGUGCUUACACAACCAAGGUGGUGAACCUCGUUCUGCGUGCUGUCCAGAAUGAACUUGAACCCUGUAAGAAAAACCCGACCCUUCAGGAAACAGACUGCACCAAAUCCCUCACAGGGAAAGAAUGUUUUGCAGACACUGAUAAAUUAGAAUCUCUUGUCUCAAAUCUCAAUGAUGACAUUAUGGCAUCUCCAUUAUUAACUUGUAUUUGGGAAAUGCUAUCAAGUGGACAUUCAGAUCAAAGCAGUAUUUCACUCCCUUCAGAUAAGCAGAGCCCUUCAACUUCAUGUGGAUCUGACAGUGUUGAAAAACAAAACACUUGGCCAAAUAAGCAAGAUACGAAACAUUUUCGCCAAUAUUUAGCUACUCCAUGUGUUCUCCACAGUGACUUUAAUGGAAAAGUUAACAAAGACAAUGCCAGAUUUAAAGUGUUAGAUAGUAUUGCGGAAACACUGUAUGAAAUGUUAUGUAAGCUCACAGGAGCUCGUCCUGAUUGCCAGAUAUCUUCUAGUAAGCUAAACGGAGAGAAGAUGAACAAGAAUCAGCAGAUGGCUACUAAAUUGCAGUCUAAUAUUCAGCUCAUUUCCAAAACAAUUUUGGAUUACAUCCUUGAAAAACUGUGCAGUGCUGACAUAGACACCAGUUCUGCAAGUUCUGGAAUUAAAGCUGUGUCAGAGCCUCUUGACAUUGAUAGUCUAUCCUUUAAUUCAAUUAUUGAGGAAAUGGCCAAAUGCGCUGACGUAAUCUCCAGCAUAGUUUCCAGGAUGGUUCAGGAGAGCAAUAAAGAGGUAACUAAAACAAAGGCAGAAACUAUUGCUCCUGUGUCUUCCAAACCAGGGGGAGCAAAAGUACUGCAUCCAAAUAAUCUGAUAGCUAUGGCUUCAGAUAUUCUUAAUAUGGUUUUUGCUAAACUGGAAGGAUUUGCUGAUGGAAAUUUAGAAACUCUGGAUUCUAUUAGUGAUGGAAAUAAAAAGAGGAAUAAGAUGGACUCAAAAUGUGAAAGUCCCAGUGUUUUCAAAGACACAGCUGAACAACUAUUGCAGUCUGCGUUAUACAUGCAUGCAAAGAAGGUAUCAAGCACUAUUUUGAAAGUUAUUCAAACAGAACUGAAUAUGAACUCAUUAGAUUUGAGGAGAAGUGUAAAAACCCCAUCACCUAAGAAACAAAUUCUUAAGAACAUAGUUAAUUUAAUUUCAGAUGCAGUAUCCUCAGAUGUGUUUAAUGAAACCAAAUCUGAAGAGAGAGACAUUGAAACUUAUCGAUACAGACCAACCUAUGGAAAUUUUCUUCCUGGAGGAGCUGAAUCUGAUUCAUUUCUAGAUGCUGCUGAGAAAGAAUUCUCAGAGAAAGAAUUCCCUGGAGACAGAAAAUCACCAAGAGAAGACUCUAAAUCAGAUUCUCUUAAACAGUGGGUUCUAGGAAGAACCUUAAACAAACUUGAAGUGAAACUGAAGGAACCACAGAAGUCUCCAAUUGGUCCCAUUAUAAGAAAUAUUUUGAACAAAAUUUUUAAAGAUGCUUUGGUCAAUCAAUUAAAUGUGCUCUCUUUCUCCGACUCUCAUUUAAGAGGCAUCCCUCACAAUGCUGAUGAGCCAAUUGCUCAAAUAACUGUUCCAUUUAUAGAAAAAAUGAUGGGUCCUUUAGUGUCUGAAGCAGAUGUAACCAUAGUGGUAGACGAUGUUGUUACAACUGUAUUUCACAAACUUUAUUCAGCUGCCAUGACACAGAGAAAUGCAAGAGAAAAUAGGUAUAAAACCAUCACCUCUUUAACAAAUGUUUCUUUUCAUGUACCCGCCUGUGCAGAAAAGUCCUCUGAUAUUGUGCUGGACAAGAAUUCAUGUACUGUUCAGUCCAGAUUCAAUCAGGCCAAAGUAAAUGUAGCUGAAGAUAUUGUACAGGCAAUAUUAACAAAUCUAGAAACUUUUACUAUUUCCAAAGUGAAAUCUUUUUAUUGUCCCCAAAUCAACUUCACAGUUCCAAUGGCUUUAUCUUUCCAGCCGCAUCAGAGUAUAUUAAGUAAAGCAUUAUCAACCAAAGGUUUAUAUUCUGAUGAUCAAUUUUCUAGCUGCUCAUUGGACCAUAUAAUAUCAGAAAAGACCAACUCAUGCCCUCUCUCUAAUAAAUUAAAUACACAUGCAACAGAAGUGGCCAGAAAAAUUUUACAAGGAAUUAAACAGGAGUUAGAUAAGGAAAGGGAAAGUCCUUUCUUAACUCCUAACAUUGUGGUUUCUGAAGGUAUUGCAAAUCAAAUUGUUAACACAGUGUUAGAUAUUGUAUCAUCUAAAGGCCAAUGUGACAAAAAUAAUUUUGACAAAGAGAGUAAUUCAGAUCAGCCAGAAGGUAUUAUUGAAAAGAUGUUUAACAAGACUCAAUAUCGAAAAGAACUUCAGUUUCAAAUACAAGAUAUCAUUGAAGGUAUCUUAUGUGAUAUUUAUGAAAAAACAAUGUAUCAAAAUAAUCUCUCAUUUGCCACGCCCUCUCUGAAAUGCAGCAUAGCUGGUAAACAUUCUGGAGCAAAUUUGGAAAUGUACAUGGAGGGUGCAAAUAAGCAUAUUCCAAAACUUUCCGUUCCUAAGUCAGAUGUAAUGGUGAUGUCCAAUGAAAUGGUGGAUAUUGUUCUUCAUAAUCUCAGCUCUGCUGUCAUGCUUGCCAUAAAAGCAGAGGAUCCCACUUCCGCAAGAUUGCCCUUUACUUUUUGUGAUAUAUUUCCACAAACAGAGUGUCAACUGCCUCCUCUUAUGGGGUCAAAAAGUGGAAGACAAACAGAGUGUUUUUCAUCUUUAAGAAAUCUGAAAUCAACUUAUGCUGUUGAUAGUCAGAUAACUGUAGUAGAGAAAGAAGAUACCAAGAAAUCAGCUCCUGACCCAUGUGAGGAAAAUGCUCACUUCAUUACCAGAACUAUUGUUAAUCAGCUACAAUCUUUUGCCACAGAAAGAAUAGAUUCGUUAGUUACUCUUGCUUUACAGCCUAAAGAAAAUUCACUUGUUAGUCCAGGACUGGAAAACUGUAAACAGGAUGACAGCAUUUAUCAUGAAUCUAGUCAAUCAGACUCAAAUGUGAAUGUCCUGAAAUUAUCAACUGAAACUAUUAAUAGCCAAGAACUCACAGAUUCCACCUUUGCCAGUUGCAGAGAAAAACUUGGAUCCACAAUUCACAUAUCACAAGCUAGUCUUAAGGAAUAUGCUGACAUCAUUGCCAGUGUCAUUUUAAAGCAUAUUAAAAAUGACUUAGACCUAGAAAUCCAAAAGGCAUAUCCACAUCCAAACAAUGUUUCAUUCCAAGAAAACAUUUUUGUGAGUGAAAUUGUCAACAGUACCUUAAAGAUUUUAAAUGAUAAAAGAUCUGUAAAGGAAAUUAACUUUAACUCAAAAGGCAAUCCCAACCUAUUUUCACAAUUAACUGUACAAAAGGAAAUACUGUUAGAAAAAAGAGAGCAGGAAAAAAAUACCAAUUUAUCUCUUUAUUCACCGUAUCCAUUACAACAGAACCAAAUGACAUCGGAAAAGAUAAAUCAGAGAACUAUUUUGGAAGAAAUAUUUAUGAGAAAUGGAGAAUCAAAACAAAAUGAAAAAACUGCCUUGCUCAGUCCAGUGAAAGAAGUUUUAAAUAAAGUAUACCAAUGUGUAAUGGAUAUCAAAGGUAAUCAGCCUCCAGUUAAUGAAAGCCCCUACUUUGUAUCUACUUCUAAAAUUAAAACAUCAGAUAUAACACAAAAAUACCUUUUUCAAUAUACUAUUGACAGUGUAGCAAAUGAGAUAGUUGAAAUUGUUUUGGGGGAAAUGUAUGCUGUAGUUAUGACAUUGUUAUACGAAAGUAACAAAAAAGAGGAAGCAUCUGACAACAAAGAUUUCUUACCCAAGAAGCCAUCAUGCACCAAAGAAACUAAACAGGCAGGAAAAGGAAGUAAUUCCUCUACAUAUGUGAUACCACAGGUUUAUCCUUAUAUUGGCAAUCAAAAUAUCUCUCUAUUAGAAAACAGUUUACUGCAAUAUUCACCACUGCAAGUGGGGAAGGAUUUAGUCCAAAUGGUUCUCAAUAAGAUCACAAAUCUUGCCUCAUUUUAGAGUUUUAAAGUGAGCCCUAAGGGCAACCCUCAGCCAGGCUUUAAAACAAAUUUAAAGGAAAAAUCAAAAGUUACUUUACCUAAAUUUAGAACAAAAACACACCUAGGACCUAGUGCUGCUAAGGUCAAGAGCAAGAUCAAGUUAGGUCCUGGAGAGAAGACUCUAAAAGACAGCAGGUCCAAGACUGCCAUUGGGCUGCCACACAUCUCAGCCACAGGAGACACCAAAGGCUUGCUAGGAACCAAACUGCCCACUUCAGAAUUAAACAUGCAUGCCAAGCAAAUAAUAAGGGAUAUCCUGGAAACAACUGUGAAAGAAUUUGAAAAGGUGAAGCAAACUAGAGCAAUGGUCAGUGUGAAAGCUUUACCUGUUGAUCAAAUCAUGGCAGCAAAUAAAAUAGUUAAUACAGUUUUGCAGGGGUUAUAUGCUACAAAUAACCACAAUUUGGCUCAUCCAGUCAAAUUCCCACAUCCGGAUGAUCUCAAACAUUCACAGGGGACUAUAGGUCCUGGGCGUCUUGCAGAAACACAGCCAUGCUUUUACUUGGAAAACGUUUCUUCACAGCUAGAACAGAUUUUCCCUAAAGACGGUAUAUUUAAAAAAAUGUUUGACACAUGGCAAGCAGAAUCAAAUGACAUGGAAAGUGAAAAAUGUAACUUGUUGAUGAUAGCUGAAAAUGUUUUGACUGUAAUUUCAAAAAAAGCAAAACAAUUAGAAUAUUGUCUUUCCCUUGUCAAUUUGCCAGCUCUUGAGGAUUGUGAAGGUAGGUCUCAUAAUAGUUUUAAAGGAACUUCUACUGGAGCUGAGGAUACCAAUGCACAAAUUAAUGUGUUUGGAAGGGAAAUUGUUGAAAUACUAUUUGAAAAAUUACAGCUGUGCUUUUUGUCACAGAUGCCCAUCCCAGAGAGUAAAGAAACUCUAACAAGUAGAAAACAACACACUACAGAAAGUAAAUACAGUCUUCCUACCAAGGACAUUGUCAGCAGUGUACCAACCUAUUACAUGAAUAUACAAGACCAAAUUUCCUUGGACUCUACCAAGCUAACUCUUCUAGAAAUAGUGGAAAGGGUUUUAAACAUGUUAGAGUCAUUUGUAGACUUGCACUUUAAACAUAACUCCAAAUAUGAGUUUUCCGAAAUAGUGAAAAUGCCUAUAGAAAACCUUUUUCCUAUCCAACAGGAACUGUUAAGCAAAAAGAUGCUGCCAACGUUAGAAUCACUGGAAAAGUUUUCUGAUGAAUCCAAUACAAGUACUGUUAUUUCCAAGGUAAAUGUACAAAGUAUUCUUUUACAGAUUCAUUCAUUCCAUUCAGAAUUACUUACAUAUGCUGUUAAUAUCAUCAGGGACAUGCUUGGUGUUAUUAAGAACAAGCUAGACAAAGAAAUAAGCCAAGUAGAAUCAUCAUCGAUUGGCAUAUGGAAUGAGAACAUUGUAGCAAGUGAGAUCAUUGGCACACUGAUAGACCAGUGUACUUAUUUCAAUGAGUCUCUGAUCAAAAACCUUCCAGUGGAAAGUUCGUUCCCAAAAGUGGAAAAUACUUACAUUGUUAAUCAGGUUGAAUUGGCAUCUAGUGUGAAAAUUCCCAGGUCAAAGUUAAAGGAAGUUAGUUUCAGGAAUAAUCCUUCACAAAGUAGUAUGUCUGGUUCGGUGUCUUAUUCUGUUGAAGAUAGCAAAACAGAAUAUAAUGCGUCAUCAAGUUUAUCUUCAUAUGCCAGAGCCUCGAUAGAAGACACAAUUAAAAGCUCAGACCCCAUGAAAAGGACUGGUUCAGAAAACACACCAGCAAGCUCUAGAAACAAAAUAAAAGACAAUAGCCCAAGGGAAUGGCCCUUUGAUCAAGCCAUGAAAGGAAAUAGCUCCCUUCCAGAAGGCAGUGUCUUACAAAAACUGUUUAAAAGAGCAAAUGAAUCCACAGAAGAAUCACUAAAGCAAGGCUUGUCAUUCAUAGAGGUGGAAAAAAGUGAAAAUCCAAAAGUGUUUUAUUAUGGGAACUUAAACCCAGUUGUUGGGCCUGACCAAACUCAGACCACUGUUUCUCCACUCAAAAUAUGUGUAGCAGCAGAAAAGAUUGUCAAUACAGUGUUGUCAAGCUCUGGUUUUCCAAGUCAACCACCCAUUAAUGAAAACAUGGAAACAAUGAAACCAUUUUUCAUAUCAAAGCAAAACCCUGGAGGAGGAAAGAAUGAGGAAAAAAGUUUGCUUACAGUGUGGGAUGAAAGAAUCAGCUGUAGACCUGAAGAAGAAAACACAAACUCUGAAGCCAGCAGGGGACAUCUGUCUUUACUGAAAAAAUGGGAAAACAGGAGGUGCCCAAACAUAAAGACUCUGAAGGAACUCGAAGUCAUUGCUUUUGCUGAUCAUGAACUGGGUCCAAAUGAAAUUAAUUUGGUUGCAAGACAUGUAACCACAUCUGUGGUCACAUAUUUCCAGAACUUCAGAACUAGAGUGUCUAGUCAGAAGAUGUCUAUUGUUUCUACACUGUCAAAGAAAAUAUAUGAAUCAAAACAGCCUCUAAGAAGCAUAUACAAAGAUCCUUCACUUUAUCAAUUUUGUGAAGAGCUCACUGAGUCUGUCAUUUGCCAUUUAUCUUCAAGCAUUUCUGACAGGACCCAAGAUGAUAGAGAAAAGGAGAACGCAUGGGAAAGCCAAAAUGCAGGAUUUGACAAGAUUAUUUCCAUUGAUUCUCAAAUGUUUGAAAGCAGGUCAAUUUCUAUUGGAGAACUAGCUUUAAGUAUUUGUGAAAUCAUUACUAAAAUCCUUUGUAAUAGUAAUAUUAUAGAGGUUGACAUUGCACAGCAUAUGUUUUCUUUAAAAACAAAGUACAUUUAUUGCCCAGGAGUAGCUGCUGCUGACUUUGAAAAUCUCUUUCAGGAUCUCUUAAUAGGAGUGAUUCAUAUACUGUCAAACAAAAUAGGAAUAACUCAUCACUUUGAAAGCAAUGGAAGGAAUAAACCACUUUCCAUGCUCAUGCCCAUUAGCAACAAAACAAACACCAUGAAAAGACAGAUAGUUUGCAGAAAUUGGGAAUCAUCUACUCACCAAAAUGAUAAUCUCAUUCAAAGAAAUAAACUGAAUUAUCUGGCAUGUAAGUUAGACAGUCUAGUUAGCAGCCUAAAAACUCAUGAAUCCAAAGAAGUAGUCAAUAAAGUCUUUAAUAUUGUUUUAGAUUUAUUUUUACCAGAUGAACACCUAGAUGAGGCUAUGGAUUCUGAUAAAAAAGCAAGAAAAUCUUUAUCCUCCUUGAGUGAUCAGCAAAGUAAUAGCAUACUUGUAAAUAACUUAGGGCUUACCCCCAAAUCAAUUUUCCUUCUCAAUGUCGUGUGUGAGAAACUUAUUAGAACACUUUUAGAAAAAUGCACAAGCACUGUCCUCCUUGAUAAUGGUCCUCUUUCGGAUGAAAUAUCAACACAAGAAAGUCAACUUUUAAAAGUACUUCAAAGUGUAGAAGAUGAAGAAUUUGAUUACUGUAAGGGAGCAAUGGACCAUGAACAAUUUCAAGCAGAUUAUAUGUCAGACCUUUUGGAAAAUCGGGCAGAAAUAGAUCAAGAUUUAUUGUCAUCAGACUCUAUACUUACUAAUAUUUCCCAAAGCUUGGUUAAAUCAUUGAUGGACAAACUAUGUCGCACUAUGCAACUCCCCCAAAGUCAACCUACUGCAAGCAAGCAUUUAAAGGAUAGAGCAAGAGAAAUACAGUCUAGUUUUAAAAAAGCAGAAAGGCCAGAAUUAGGACAAGGUAAAUAUUCUUACGGAUUCAUGAGUUAUGAUGGUAAUGCUCUGACAGCAUCCUUGAAUAAUCCCAGCAUGGUUAGUUCCAAAAUACAAGCACCAUUUGGCAAGAAGCGUUCAGCAAAUUCCUCUGCUGUGUCACCUCUUAAAAGACAGAAAACAAAGGAUAUGCAUACAACAGCUAUCCAGAACAAGCUAUAUUGGGGAAGUAUGAACACAGGUAUUUAUUCGGCCACAUUUUUGGAAGAAAUAAUUUCAGACCUGUUUUUUAAUCUCUCUAUUUCACUGUGGGGCAUAAAUGAAAACAUUACUGAGGCUCGGCUUAAUGAGAUGAAUAUGUUAUUUGUCAACAACAUCGUGGAUGAGUUAAAUAACACCCAUGUCGCUGUUUUACGGAAUGUUGAAGAAAGGCUGUGUUUUCCACCAGUCCAUAAAGAAACUGUUAGGAGGAUUGUUGACUCAGUUUAUUAUGAUGUUGUACAGAAAUAUAAAUCGAAGGUGACCUGUGAUGGCAAUCUGGCACAUGACAACACCUCAAUAGCAGAACAAAUAACGAAUGGCAUAUUACUAGAGAUUUUAGACUACCAACUCCCACCUUGCUUCAGGGAAAAACUCAUACCUAACUCAUAUUGCCACCUCACAGCUGAGAUUAUACUUCAGAAACUACAGAAUAAACUCAGAGAAUUUACCUCCAAACCCAGUUCUUCACCAGGCUAUAGCACCACGUUGUCAUACUCAUUUAUAGAAGACGUCAUCAAAAGACUUUUCUCUCAACUCAUUACUCCAUCUAGUAAGGUUUCUUCUUUGGGAAGAAAAGAUUUCAUGAGCUCAGAUUUUAUUGAAAUGUCUAACUGUAUAAUAAAUAAGGUUAUAUCAGCCAUUUCAAAACAUAAGAUUUGGUUCACUAUAUGUGAUAAUCAACAUCUAUGUACAGGAAAAAACCUCCAGAAGAUGGUGGAUUCUGUUUAUAGUAAUAUUAUACAAAUGUCUGACUCUCUUGCUUCAAUUCAGAAAAGUAUAGUUAGCCGAAGCCCAAUUAUGGUUGACCGAAUAGCCAGUUUUAUUAUCCAAGAGAUUAUUGAAAAUCAUCUUCAACCAUUUUUGUGUGAAGAAAGUUUGCCUCGUCCAAAUACUCCAUUGGAUGCGAUAUCAAACAUGGUUAAACAGGUGCUCAGUGAAGUCACAGAGUCACAUAGACCCAAGAUGCCAUCACCCUUAGGUAUUUACCCUGAUAUAUUGAUAGGAGAAAUUGUUGCCAAACUUUUAUCAAAGCUUUUCAGUUCAAAGCAAGACACUGAAAUUGAGCUGAAAAGCAUAACACAAAAAAUAGUAGACUCAAUAAGUAACCACAUUGACAAAGCUAAAAUUCACCUUCUAUGUGGUGGCAAAGAGCAGUCUUACCCCUCUCUAGAUACAGACAUUGUGGACGAACUCGUCACCUCAGUUUAUAGAAAUGUUUUAAAACAGCAUGGGAUAAACCCUGAGAUUGAUAAAGAGUGUAAAGACAGUGAAAUUUUUGUGGAAAAUAUUGCCAAUUUAAUUGUAGCAGCUAUUUCAGGUUACCUUCUUCAUCCACUGUUUUCUGGGGAUUUGUCAGCAUCUUCCGCUUCUAUUUCCACAGCUGAGAAUAUUAUUCAGGACAUUAUUAGUAACAUCAAUAAAUCUGCCAAGCCAACUGAAAGUUUAUCUCCAUAUAACACCUUGCUGCCUUACACAUUUUUAGAAGACAUGAUCAGAUUACUGUUAUCUAGAAUCUUUUCUUCUGCAUCUAACACUGUUCCAAACACAGAAACUCUAAAAGAUAGAUCAAGAGUAAAUUUCAAUGAAAUGGCUUCAAAUUUAAUCAGUGAUAUUAGGAUGAAAAUUUCCCAACAUGAAAUUCGAUUUUCAAAAGAUGAAGAAACCAAGCCUCUGUAUUCAGACGAUGAUGUUCAGCAUCUUGUUGACUCAGUAUUCAAAAAUAUUUUACCAAACUCUGAGUCUCAAAAAUCAGUUGAGCAAAAUAUCACAAGCAGUAAAGAUGUUCUCAUUGACAGAAUAGCAGGUUUUAUCAUUAAACACAUUUGUCAACAACAUCUUCAGCCAUUUGUGGAUGGAAAGUCAUUGCCUUCAUCAUCGUACACAGGUCUUGACAAUGAGAGAAUGCAGUGGUUUUAUGCCCAUGUUUAUUCUUCAACAUUUUUGGAAGAUGUGAUCUCUGGGGUUUUAAACAAAAUAUUCCACAGGGUGAUAGGCAUUGUACAAACAAAAUCAGUAAGAGAUUCGGAAGAUGAACUUUUUGAUAAAGCUGAAAAACUCAUACAUUUGAUAGCAGAGGAAUUCUCAAAAGCCCAAGUUAUCAUUCUAGAGAAUGCAGAGGAACAAUUGUGUUUGCCUCCAGUAGAGAGACAUGUAGUCAAAAACAUUAUUGACAUGGUGUUCAGCAAAGUUUUGCAAGAAUACAAAAUGGACAUAAUGCCUAACAACAAUUUUCUAAAUGAUACCAAGACAUUGGCUGCGAGGAUAACUAAAAUCAUCCUGGCUGAGACUUUUGAUUUCCAAAUUCAUUCAAAUAUUACAGGAAAGCUUCCUCAUAAGUCACAUGGCAAACUAAAUGUUAAUGUUUUGAUAAAGAGAGUUCAGUGUUACAUUACUAAAUCAAGAUUCCACAGACAGGCAUCAACAAUAUAUACAACGAUGUUACCACAUACUCAUUUGGAAAAAAUCGUCACUCAGCUUGUAUCUCAGAUGGGUCCAUUGGCCUUCAGUGCAGAAUACACAGAUCCUUCUCAAUCAGAUUUAAGUAGUACAGUCAUAAAACUUAUAAAUGAAAUUAUGUCAAUAAUUUCAAAACAUGCAAUAUGUAUUAUUAAACAUGGCAAUGGAAAACAAAGUAUGAUUUCAGAAAAAGAUAUCCAGUCUAUGGUUGAUUCCAUUUAUCUUUCAUAUUCAAAGCUAUACCAGUCUCAUUCAAAAAAUAAGAAAGGAAUAAGUAAUAUGCCCAUUUCAAAAAUAGCAAGUUUUAUAAUAAAAGAAAUAUUUAACCAUCAUCUUCAGUCAUUUUUAUCUGGAGAUAAAACCUUCCUUUCAGCUGCAGUUGAUCAAAAUUAUAAACAGAAAGCAAUAGAUCCUACACAAAGAGAGCUGUCUUUCAUUGUGAACUCAGCUGUCUUUUUGGAGGAAGUAAUUGCUGAGCUUUUAUGUAAACUCCUUUAUGCAUUCUCACAUAAUGUCUUGGCUGCUGAAAACCCAGAUACACUAAAGGUAAAAAUUACUGGCAUUGUUACAACAUUAGUCAAAUCAAUUGUUCUGGAGUUCACCACAUCAGAGAUUUUAGUUACAGAUUAUUUCAAUAAUGAUGUGUGUUUUUCAGAAAAAUAUAAAGAAAUGGUUCAAAAAACAGUCAACCUUAUUUAUGAUAAAAUAUUAGAUGAAUAUAAAUCUCUGAUUCAAGUAUAUAGGGCUAUACAAAGCGACACUGUUUGUUUUGGAAGGAAAAUAUAUCAUUUGCUAUUGGAAGAAAUUUAUGAUUAUCAGGUGCAAACAUUAGUUUCAGGAGAAUUAGUGUCUUCUUCCUAUUUUUCCCCUAAAGCUGAUAAUAUUAUCAAAAAUGUGCUAAAUGUCAUCCUGAAGGAUAGCCACACCUUCCCAUCAUGCAUUACUGUGCUGCCUCACUCUCUUUUAGAAGAUAUAAUUCACAAGCUUAUAGUGCAUAUCUCCCCUUCAACUGACACUGAAAGGGAACUCGAAAAGGAAGAUGGUACACCAGAUGAUGAGUUUGUGGAUGCAGCUUCAAAACUGACUGAUGAAAUUAUCAAAGAAAUUUCUGAACAUGAAAUCCGUCUUGCCAUGGCAGAAGAGAAUGCAGAAAGUACACAAUUAGAAGUGAUUGAGAAUUUGGUUGACUCUAUAUGUAAUGGUAUCUUGAAAAAAUCUGAAUUUCAAGCUGAAGUGAAAAAAGAUGCAGGUAAAAAAGGAGGCUCCAUCCUCAGUAAACUAGCUGGUUUCAUUAUGAAGGAAAUCAUGGAUCAUCACCUGAAGCCAUUUUUACAGGGUGACAAAUCCUCUGUCAGUGAUGAUGACCAAGUCUCUGUACUUACUAAACCUGUUCCAGAAAAGACACAGACUUCCCUAUACUCAGCUACAUUUUUGGAGGAUGUAAUUGUUGACCUUGUUCGCAAAUUUUAUUCUCUUCUAAGUAUUACUGAAGAUUCCAAAAAAAAAGAAAUGCCAAAGACAGACAUUGUGGGCUUGGCUAUAAAUUUUGCAAACUCUCUGAUAGGAGAAUUUAGGAAAAGUGAAAUUAAAGUUCUACCCAAUGCUGAAGAAAUGUUUGCUUUUCCACCAAUUAAUAAAGAGAUCAUUGAUAAGAUAUCCAAUUUUGUGUACGAUCAAUUCAUAGGAAAAUACGACUCUAAUAAAAUUCCAAAGGAUGAUAAAAGUAACAUUCUAACACAAACAAUUGCUGCUUUAGCCCAAAAGGCAAUCUCUGCUUUCAAGAUUCAACCACUUUUUUCAGGAGACUGGUCUUCCACCUUCUUUUCAUUUCUAAAUCCAGAUAACAUCACCCAAAGGAUUCAACACCUACCACAGAAAACCUCUACACAGAAGAACACAUGCUUAAAAGGAAACCAACUUACUUUUUCAGAACAAUCAUAUAAACACACUUCUCCAACCUCAGACCAGAAAUAUUUGUUGGAAACUCUGAAAAUAAGUAGAGGUGAAACGAGUGAAAAGAAAAGUUUUCAAACUGAGGAGACAUCAAUAAAAAAAGGUGAUAUGCAAGAUCCGAAAGCUACCUCGAUAACUAGAAGGAUGAAAUACAACAUGGUUACCUCGUUAACGGAGUCAGCUGCAGGUGUGGCAAAUAAAAUGAAAGAGAAUGAAAAUAAAACGACAAUUUCCACUGAAAAAUAUACUGAGAAUGUAUCAAAAGUUACAUCUCCAACUACUAGUGUGAAAAGUAAAGAUACUCAGAAGUCAGAUGUGAGGGUAACACUUAAAAAUAAUGAAACUGAGAAGAAAUGCAAAUCAGCUUCAAAAGAUAAAGAGAGGCAAGAUAAUGAGGCACACACACAAAUUCCAGUAACUACUGAUGAUACAGAGUGUACAAAGGAAAUACGUGGACAAGAAUUCAAAUUAAACAAGGAAAAGAAGAUUGGCAAACCAAGGGAAAGUUUAUUUAAAAAAGAAGACAAAUCCUUUGUGAGAAAUGCAGAGACCACAGCAAAGAACACAGUAACUCAAAAGCCAAACAUUGAGGAGAGAAAAGACACUGCACCUCUAACAGAUAUAAAUGAAAAACAAUACUCUGACUAUGAAUAUGUUCAAAAUAUCACUGAAAAUAUUUAUGAAAAUAUCUUGAAAAUUAGUCCUUCUCAAGAAUCAGUAGAUUAUUCAAAUCUCCAAUGUCCCUCAAGUGACAAAGUUCAUGUAAUUCAAGAGGUUGGCAAGGAUUUAGCACAAUCGGUUUCAACAAAGGAUUUAGCUCUCUCAAUUAACGAAAAUCUCCCUCCCAAAGAGAAGGAAGAAGAGAAAGAGAGAGUAAGAGAAAGAGAGAAAAAUCAAGAGAAAGAGAAAGUUAAAGUUAAGGAGAUUAGAAAUGAACAUAGUAAACCAGAUAGUCCUCAGUACCCACCAAAAAGUAAACCUGGAAUUUUUCCUGCUAAAUUUUUAGAAGAUGUUAUCAUCGAAAUGGUUAACAAAUUGAUCUUUUCUACCUCACCAGAAACACAAACACAGGAUAGAUGUCAAAAUGUAAGUGAUGGUCAAAAUCAAGCUGAACUGUAUGAUACAGCUAUGAAGCUCAUUGAUUUACUGUUAAAAGAGUUUUCAGAGGCUCAAAUUAAGGUAUUUAGGCCAGAUAAAGAAAAUCAGGAUUUUCCACGUGUAGAUAAAGUGUCAUCCGUUCCUAAAGUACCUCUCAAGCAUAAAGAAUCAACUACAGAUGAAGCAUCAUCUAACAUUAAGAAAAUAAUGGUGGAUAAAAUGCCCCAUGUGCAUAAAGUAACUAAAAAUGUCCCUCUAAAUAAGAUACCUUUCUUAGACAGAAUACCAGCAAUAGAUAAAACAUUGAUUAACAAAGUUGUUCACUCCUCUGUAUGCAAUAUUUUAAAGGAAUACAGAUCUCAAGACUCCAUUUGUAAGAAUAUAAAGAGUAAUGGGGACAAUUUAGCAAGAAGACUAACUAGUGCAGUGAUAAAUGAAAUCUCUCAACAUCAGCUUAAUUUGACAUUUUGUGAUGAGGUUCCAGCUUCAGCAUGUUUGCCUCUGAACUCUAAGGAUGUUGUUAAAAAGAUCCAAAAGGUGGCUCAAACAGCCAGUAAGGAAUGCCAAACAUCAUCGCCAUAUACCAUCAUGCUGCCUUAUGAAUUUUUAGAGAAUGUGAUUUCUGCUCUUUUAUCUAAAAUUUUCCCAAGAGUAUCCAAAAUCAAAGCAGAAACAUCUGAGGAUGAUUGGCUCACAGAACUGGAUUUCCUUCAAAUGAAGUUAUUAAGUACAGUCACAACCGAGAUCUCCAAGGAUGAAGAUAUGAUUAUUCAGUAUGUGGAAUCCUUACAUCCCAAUGAUGAUGAAAUGAUUCAAUUAGUGGUCCAUUCCAUUUACACUAAUCUCUUGUCACAGUUUGGAUCACAAGAGAUUAUACAAAGUUGUGUAGCCAGUGGAUGCAGAAUGCUUUCAGAAACCAUGGUUGAUUUAGUUCUACGAGAAGUGGCUGGUAAUCAGUUGCAGAACUAUUUUUCUGGAGAGCUAACUCCACAUCAGUGUGCAGAAGUUGAUGGGAUUAUUGAAAAUAUUCUUAAAGAUGUUAUACAAACUACUGAUGCUCCCAAGUCAAAACCGUCACAUGCUCACAUAUUGCCUUAUAACAUAAUAGAAGAAACUGCUGUAAAAUUUUUAUCAAAACUUUUAGCUAUGUUUCCAAAAGUGGAUAAGGAAAGAAACAAAUCUCUAGAAACUGAAAUGCAAAAUAUCAUCUCAAAAAUAUUAAAUUCAGUGCAAGAAUUUAUCUCAAAAAGUAAGAUUAAACUCACACCACCGGCCAAGGAAUUGCCUACUGUACCUUUAGCUGACAAGGAAACUAUUGAAAAGGUAGUUGAUUCUGUUUAUACUAGGAUUUUAAACCAUUCUGGCUCACAUACUUCCAUAUUCAAAGAUCUAAUGGGCAAGAGCAAUGUCCUCUCUGAUAUCAUAGGUUUUUUAAUGGUGAAGGAAAUUUCCAAUUCUGAAUUUCAACCUCAAGUAGAGGAAGAAGUAUCAAGUUCAGAAUUAGUUCUGGAAGCUGCAAAAAUCAUGAAAAAAGUAGUCAAAAUUGUUGAUGAAUUUAAGUCCCAGGAAAAGUCUUCAUCUCAGAAAGGUUCUAUGUUAGAUGCCACAUUUCUAGAGGAAGCAUUGGCCUUGUUCUUGGCUAAAAUAGUAAGGUUGCCAAGUGCCUCAAGAAAAGAUGCAAAAAAUUUAUCAAAGUCCGAGUUAAAUAAAAUUGCAUCUCAACUGACAAAAUCUGUGACAGCUGAAAUUUCCAAAAGUAAUAUUAGUCUUGUUGCUGCUGACCCUGAAGAACAGCUUUUAAACCCAGAAAGUGUAGAAAUGAUUUCUCAGGUGAUUGACUCUAUUUAUAGUAAUGUGCUCCUACAAUCUGGAACCCACAAAGACCUUUACUAUGAUAUAAAAGGUACAAACAGAGUCUUCCCUAAAAAAGUGGCUAGUUUAAUUAUUAAUGAAGUUUCAAAUUUUUCAGCAGAUACAGAUAGCUCAAAGAAUUCAAAGGCUGAUUUCUUUGGAGAUCUAGACAUUAAUAGAAUUGUUCAAAAGACUCAAGAACAUGCUUUGAAAAUGACCCCUGACAUAGAGAAAGAAGAGUCAGAUCAAGAUUCGGGUGGAGAGGAAAUGCAAAUUAAAAUAGUUCCACAUAUUGGGAAAAGGCCAAUCAAAAUAGACCCAGACAUUAUUUCAGAACACUUAGCAGUACUUUCUAUAAAAACUGAACCUCUUGAGAAACUUAAGAUGGACUGUUUAAGAAACACUGGACAUAGCAUAGCAGAAGUGAGAAGAGCAUCAUUGGCUGGAAAAAGUUCCUCCUCACCAAACAUAUCUAAUGUGGGAAAGAUGAAGAAAGAAAGACGUAUCUCAUUGAGUAAUACCGGACGACUGGAUAUAAAACCCUUAGAGGCUGUUUGCAGAAAUUCAUUUAUAAAUAUAAGAAAGCCUGAUCUCACCAAGGUGGAGCUUUUAAAAGAUGUUCAGAGCAAAAGAGAACUUCUCAUCCGAUUAGUAGCUCAUGAUAUUGAAAAUGAUGCAGAAAAUAGCACAGAAGAUAAACGAAGGUCUGAUGAAUAUGAAGAUGUUCUGAGAGAGCUUAUACAAGCCGAGGGCUUAGGAGAACUGGAAGAUCAAGAGAAAGAAGCCACAGAGGCAAAUAUUGAAAACACUAAAGCAACCUCAAAUCAUAUAACAGAACCUCAGAAAAAAGACAUUAAAAGAUCUGUUGCUGAGCUUGACACGCCCACCAGUUCUACAACCAUGGCUGUAACAGACUCUUCUUGGGAGAAAAAGCCACAGCAUAAGAAAGAAGAAAAUAAUAUUACUGAACCACCACAUCACUUCAUACACAGAAUUAUGAGUUUAUCUUCAUACAACCAAGAAGAUCUGAUUUCAUCAGCCAGUGAGACCGAAGAUUGUACCCCAGCUACACGUGCUAAGAUAUUAGAAGAAACUCCAAGGGCUGGUAUUUCCAAACAAGGAUCUAAAAUGAUGGCAAAGGUAUCGUCAGCUCUGUCAAAGGUGUUUUCUCGAACUAAAACAGAUAUUUCCAAAUCUUCAUCACCACCUCACCAGGACAAAGAUUAA